GAAAAAGCACUGCAACAAUACUCCCCAACAACUGCUGGGACCACUGAACUCAGAAACACGGCAAGAGAUCAUAUUUGAAAUAUGGCUCAAAGUGACUUCCUCUACCCAGAGAACCCAAAAAGGCGGCAAGAAGUAAAUCGUCUUCACCAGGAGCUCCUUGACUGCUUAUCUGACAGCUUCCAUGCCACCAAUAAGCUGAUUGGCGUUUUAAAUACGCACUUAGGGUGCAGGCUGGCCUCCAUUGAAAUGAAAAGAGAUGCGACCAUCAAAGAAAACUGUGAUAUCAUCAUCCAAGCCAUGAUGAAGAUCCAAAAAGAAUUGCAAAAGGUUGAUGAAGCACUAAAAGAUAAACUAGAGCCAACCCUUUAUAGAAAACUUCAGGAUAUUAAGGAAAAAGAAACCGAGAAAAUUGCAAUAGUACAAAAGGUUAUUUCAGUCAUCCUGGGAGAAGCUACUUCUGCUGCCAGUGCAGUGGCUGUUAAACUCGUGGGCUCAAACAUCACAACUGGCAUAAUUAACAAGUUGGUCACUGUGUUAGCUCAAAUUGGUGCUUCUCUCCUCGGUAGCAUAGGAGUUGCUGUUCUUGGCCUUGGCAUAGAUAUGAUCUUCCGUGCCAUCCUGGGAGCAGUGGAGAAAACACAGCUUCAAGAAGCCAUCAAAAGUUAUGAGAAGCAUCUGGUGGAAUUCAAGUCAGCCUCAGAAAAAUAUCAUCAUGCCAUUAUUGAGGUCACCAACACAGUGAAACACCAAAUGAAAUAAACAGUUACUUUAUCUGCCUCUGGAAUAUUUUUCUGCUUCUUUCUCAAUAAUAGUGUUUCGCUACUUUGAUUAGGCUCAUUUUCCAUAAGCUUCCAAAUAGACAUAAAUACCAUAAACAACUCAGAAAGAGGACUCAAAAGAUGCUAAAACUAGAUGACUCUAGAGAGUCUUCUAUCAACGAUGAAUGCCUGGAUCAGUUGGUGCUAGACCCUGUGAGUAAAAGGUUACAUCCUGGUAUGUCUUCUCACUGUGCUCUACAGAUCAACAUUAGGGUGAAUGUUAUUGUAGAGCAGCAGGUGUAGGGGUUACCUUUUUCUUUUCUAAUUCCCAGUCAAAAUCCUUCAAAUCUGCAUUGAAUGCACAGACUUUCACUUCUACCACUAGCUCCGACAUCAUUUAGUUCUAAGAGACAUACUUAGUAACUUCUGCCCACAUGCAAACACUGAGCCUUCCAAUGGAAUAGAAAUACUACC